CGGAAGGGCUAGAGGAGCGACGAAGGAGGAAAGUAAGCGGCUUUGGCUGCAUUCUUCAUUUUGUCUUGCCGUUAGUUCGCCGGUAUCCGUUGCACAGGUAACACUGUGUCUGUGCGCCUUACCCACAAGGUGUAUACAAAAAAACAGAGUGGUUUUUUUUUUAUCAACAAGUACAACUUGUUUUUCCUGCUUCAACUUCUGUAAACUUCAUUUGUUAAUUUAAAUUAGAUUAAAAAAAUCUAAUUGUUAAAUUAAUAUAAAUUAUUAAAACAAACACCAUGACGGACACUCCAAAAACCGAUUACAAACCCCUGGAUCCCAUUCAAGAUGCGAUGGGAAUAAUGGGACGUUGGCAGAUAAUCAUAACAGUUGCGAUUUCUCUCAUAAACUUUCCCGCAGCUUGGCAUCAGCUUUCAAUAGCUGUUCUCGCACCUGGACAAGAUUUCACGUGUGUAUCACCGCCGUCAUUCAAUACCAGCGCUUCUAUGCUGAAGGCCUGCAAGGUUCAGGUCAAUGAGAGUAUGACUGUCGAAUGUGACAAGUUUAAAUAUGAUAACAGUGUCUUUAAGUCUACUAUCAUCUCUCAGUGGGACUUGGUGUGCAGUCGUAAACUCCUUCUAAGCUUAGCCCAACCAUUGACACAAUUUGGUAUUCUUCUUGGCAACAUGGGGUUUGGAAUAAUUGCUGAUAAGGUCGGCCGGAAAAUUCCUUUGAUGAUAGCGGUGGUUGUCCAAGCAGUAACAGGAAUUAUAAGUGUCUUCAUGCCGAUGUAUGAAUUGUUUUUGUUCUUUAAAUUCAUUUCCGCCAUCGCUACUGGCGGUACUAUGCUCAUUAGUUUUGUCGUUGUUAUGGAAAUAGUUGGGAUAGAAUGGCGGUCAAGAAUUUCAAUCCUCUUCCACAUUCCAUUUCUACUAGGGUUUUUAUGCAUCCCACUAUUUUCAUACUUAACUGGCACAUGGGACGGUUACUGGCUGACAAUAUCAAUUCCGCCGUUCUUGCUGUUAUCCUACUACUGGUUGAUUCCUGAGUCUCCAAGAUGGUUGUUAGCUGUCGGAAAAGUUAAGCAGGCACGCAAAGUAUUAAUGAAAGCAGCUCAGAGAAACAAUAUUCCUGAAGAAAAAGUAACCGCUGCGAUAGAAGCUCAUGAAAAUUUAUUGAAUAGAGAUAACACCAACGUAGCAGUUGAUGGUGAACAAAGAACCUACAACAUGAUUGAUUUAGUGCGUACACCUAACAUGAGGAUAAAAACGGUGUGCAUCGUUAUUAAUUGGCUUGUCUGUGGCCUGGGUUUCUUUGGUCUUGGACAUUAUCUUGGUCAUGUAGGAGGAAAUGUAUUGAGCAAUCUCGCUGUUUCAGCUGCUUUCCAACUGCCAGGAUUAUUACUAGUCUACAUACUAAUCCAACGAGUAUCACGAAUAAAAAUUCUAAUCACCUCAAACGUCGUAGGAGGAAUAAGUUUAUUGUUAAUCGUUCCACUUUACCAUUAUUACACAAUGAAACUGAUCUUAGUAACAAUCGGUAUCACCGCAAUGACUGUCAGCUUCCCAACAAUUUACUUGUACACUGGAGAACUGUUUCCAACAGUAGUAAGAAACAUUGGGUUUGGAGCUUGCAGUGUUGCCUCGAGAUUCGGCAGCAUCGUCGCGCCAUUUUUGAUUGUCGCUGGCGAUGAAAUACCCGAGUGGAUAAUUCCAGUAAUUUUCGGAAUUGGUCCCAUUAUAGGAGCUGGUCUUUGUUAUUUCUUGCCGGAAACAAUGGAUUGUAAGCUGCCAGAGACGAUUGAAGAUGGUGAAAAUUUCAAAAAAAAAAAUAAUACAACUCCCCUCGAGACUGUAAGCUAAAUUAAUUUUUAAUUCUAAAGCAUAGAUUGUCUUAAAUUAAAUCAUUUCCAUCGCAAAGUUAUCAUUCAUCUUAAAUAUAUGUUACUUUUAUUUAAAUAAUAUUUAUCUUUAAGUUAAAAAUUAAAAGUUAAAUAAUUUAUAUUUUUCCUUUAGAUUUAUUAAAAUAAAUUAAUAUCGUUUCGAUAAUUCAUUACUACAUUAAAAGUGUAUCCAUGACUGCAUUAAUAAUUAAAAAAAAAAAAAGCUUAUAAGCUUCUACCUCAGUGAUUUAUUUUCAAAUUUCGACUUUAUAAAAUUGUCGAGUUUUUAUUUUUAUAUUUUUUUAUCAAUGCUUAUUCUUAUUAUUAUUUAUAAUAUUAUAUAAUUAUUUUAAUAUUUUAAAAACGGCACUUGAAUCUAAAUGUAUCCUGUUGUUUGUGUGUCAAAAUAUACGCUUAGAUCACGAUAAAAGCGAUGUUGUUGAUUAUUAAUUAUUAAUUAUUAUAUUACCAGUAAAAUAAUUGAUAAUUAAAAAAAAAAAUUUUUAAUAGCUCAUUAAAUUGAGUUGCAUGGGUAAUUAACUUAUCAAGAGAAAUUAUUACAUGCCUUUCUGUUAUUUAUUGGCGGCUGAAUCAGCAUCAAGAAAUUUCCGCUUAGGUUAUCAUUAUUAUUAUUAAAAUUGUUACUUGUAUUUAAGUUGGCUAAAUUAUAAUUUAUAGUAAUAGACAAUUAACGCGAGUUUUGUUUUAGUUUCACUUUAUGGUGUCGUAUUACGUUGUUCGACCCCGAUAGAUCAAUUGGUAGAUUUAGAGUAUAAGUACUUGCGACACCGUUUGUUCUCCAGACGCUUGAUUUCCAUAUUUCACUGCGCUACUUUUCUAAUCAAGCCUUUUAUUUAAUGUUGAUGUACUUUUUCUAUUAUUAAAUUAAUUUAACUUGUUAA